UCUUUAGCUUUCUUCUUGUUUUUGAUUUCUUUCACAGCUACUCGAUAGAAAGAAAAUAAAAAUAUCACAUUUCACUUACUUGAUUUGUUACACAAUGGCCAUCCGCCAAAUGCUGAGACGGUCUUUAUCCAGCGAAAGAAGGUCAGCUGAAGUAGUUCCGAAGGGGCAUCUUGCUAUUUACGUUGGAGAUAAUGAAAAGAAGCGGUUUGUGAUUCCUGUGGCGUACUUGAACCACCCCUCGUUUCAAGAGUUGUUGUUUCAAGCUGAGGAAGAAUUCGGGUUCAACCACCCGAUGGGCGGCCUCACCAUCCCUUGCAGUCAAGAAUCAUUUGUAGAUUUCAUCUCUGCCUUCAGCUCAAGAUGAUAUUUAUAGCAAUGGUUGUAGGAGGAAUAGAAUUUUGUAGAUUAGAAAAUGUAUGUAUACAUUGAAAAUACAUAAAAUAGUAGAUGAAUAUACAUGAAAAUUCAUGGAGCAAACUUUUGUUACCUUAAUCUGUUGAUUGAUUUCUUAAAAAGUGAGCGUUUCUUAUUUGAAAGUUUUUAGAAAGCAAACACACUAACUCGUUUCAGUCACUCUAUGGGAGGUUCACCAUCCCUUGCAGUGAGGACUUGUUUGUAGGUUUCGUCUCUGGCUUUGGAAGAAGAUGAUGUGCUUAAAAGGAUAAUUUUUUUUUGGAUAUUACCAUAUAAUGUAUUCAAUGAAAAAAAAGCAUGAUAUUAUUAAAUUAUUAGUUAAUAC